AUGGCCAUGGUUUCUAAUCCAGUAUCAAGGUUGGACGCGCUCUCCAAGAACCGAAUCUCGUUCCGCGAGGACUUGAACGAUACCCGACACUGUGACGACGGUUUCAGCAGCGACGACAGCCUGAGCGAUGAUGACGACGACGAGACUUCGCCCUCCAAGGAUCCGGAGACGGCAGAGAUUGCGAGCAUGGAAAGGAAAUCGCUGAAGUACCGCAAGUCGUUGACGAUGUUGAAUCAACUUAAAGGGUUGAAGUUGACGAGUGUCGCUGAGAAUGGAGGCAGUGGGGAUGGUGCGAGUGGAGCGAAGCAGCCGACGAGAGAGCACCUUUUGGCGGCAAAGAAGAGUAUUGAUGACCUUACAGCGUGGGUGAAUGCUGGUGCGUUUGAAGGAGACGAUCCUUUUGGCGACGACGAUGAUUGA